UGAAAACUCGCUGGCUAGUUCGGUUCUUGGUGCUUGUAUUCUGCCUAUCUGUCUUUUUUUUAUUUCAGGAAGUCUGUGGAACUUCUGGACUGCUAGUUGCAUAGACAGAACUAUGCCGCGGGGUACCAGGAAAAGUGAAGUUUUGGCUGCGACUCUAAUUUCGAGCAUGAACCAUGCCCUUGCAAGGCUUAUGGACAUCUGGGAUGGGUUGGGCAUCAAAGAAGAGAUGCGAUUGAGACGUAUGGAAGAGGUUAAGAAGCACGUUGAGGAAUUAUUAAACCGUAUGAUAAGUGAGGAAGUGGAUAUGAAAGACAGGAUUGAGAAGAGUAUUCAGAGCUGCCUAAAAGAGUUGAAAGUACUGUGCCAUGAAUUGUCCGUAGAGGAGUACAUGGUGGAUGAGGGCAUGACUGUCCUUCAAACAGAGAGGGAUUUGAGAGUGAGAUUGGAAAUAUUGCUAACAGAAAAAAAUGAGAGAUUGGAGGAGCUUCGGUUACUGCAGCAAAAGGAUAUUGAGCUGUGUACUGACCUUUGUGUCACUCCAUAUUACAUACCUACUGGAAGUAUACCAAGUCGCCAACAGCUGGAGGAGCUCAAAGAACAUAUUAAAGUUUAUACUGAAGAAAAGAAACAGCGUCUCCAGGUCUUUUCUAAUCUGAGAUCAGAAAUUCGCCAGUGUUUGGAUGAAAUGGGACGUCAGCCUGAAAAUUCUUUAGAACAGGAUGCCAUCUGUGAGGAUGAAGAAGCAUUCUUCCUAACAGUUGAUAAUAUCAAAGCACUGAGGGUCCUGAAAGAGCAGCUUGAGUUAAAAAAAGAAACCAUGUUGUCCAAUAUGAGUGCCCUCAAAGAAAGAGUCCAAGUUUUAUGGUGCCGCCUACUGAUACCACAAAAUGAGCAGGAAACAUGCCAGAAAGCUCCUUUGUGCCCUAUAGCUGACUCCAUUAAACUGUGGGAAAACGAACUUCUACGUCUAGAAGAUCUUAAGAAAGCAAAUCUGAAGGAUGUGGUUUUGAAAAUCCGAGAAGAACUGAAGAUGUACUGGGACAAAUGUUUUUAUACCAAAGAACAAAGAAAUGCUUUCACUCCAUACUAUAGUGAUGACUUCACAGAAGACCUUCUCAGUCAACAUGAUGAAGAAGUUGUUCGAAUGAGAUUACAAUAUGAAAAAUGCAAAGAAAUGCUUGAUGCUGUGAACAAAUGGGAAACCAGCUGGGGGCAGUUUGUAUUGCUUGAGAAAAAAGCAACUGACCCCAACAGAUUUUCUAAUAGAGGGGGAAGCUUGCUGAAAGAGGAGAAGGAACGAGUAAAACUCCAAAAAUUGCUGUCAAAGUUGGAGGAUGAGCUGAAGACCCGAAUAGAAGCAUGGGAGAUUGAACAAGGAUGUGCCUUUUUACUUAAAGGAAGCAGGUUUAUGGAUUAUGUUACAAGUCAGUGGGAGAUGCACAAAAAACAAAAGGAACGUGAAAAACAAGACCGGAGCCUCAAGAAAGAAGAGCACACUCCUUUCAAGACCCCAAUCAAGCGCCCAGCAGGAUCCUGUAUACAGGGUACACCUAGCAAUAAAACUCGAAAACUUAAUGGAACAUCAAAUUCUGUCAUGUCUCGAACCACUGUAAGUAAUUCCAGCACAUCCUCUUCAACUUCAAGUCAGUCAUUAAAUGGAAAGAUACCACUUUCUACUAUUAAGACUCCAGUGAAAACUAGAGAUACACCAGGGAGAACACCACUGCAAGACAGUAACAAACAGUCAUGUGGGCUUUCCAGCCAGCCUGGCAGCUAUUCAGCGUUUAAGGAGGAGAUGACAAAGAAGUCCAGCCAUUCUGAGGCAGUUUUCAAUUCUACGGUAAAUGAGAACUUGUAAUAUUACAUGUUCUGUUUUUAAACUGCACUAUUUUUGAUAUUCUGAAAUGUUUUUAGCCUCUACAAUGGUUUUAUUACAAUUGUGAUUAAAAAACUGUAUUGCAACACCAACCAAUUGUAACUGUAAAUAUCGUCUCUUUCUUGUGUCUUUUUAAAUGUGGUAUUGUCAGUGUAAAUAGUCAUCAUUUAUAGAAACCAACAGCCCAGUAAUUGUUUUCUUUGCUCUGGCAGAUAUUUUUUAUUUCCGAUUAAGAGCAAAGGCCUCAGAUACCAAUUUCUAUUCAGCAUAAUUAUGAGAUAUGCCUUUAAAGCUUCAACCAAAGCAAACCGUUUUUGUAUAGACAUGCGCUCGUGUUUGUUGCUCAUAUUGAGAAGAGUCUCUUAUCUUCUCUUUUUAAUAUGAACCUUACUGGAGAGGCUCUGUAGUGCCUGUAAUACAUUUAAUUUGUUAGAGGCUGUUAAAAGGAAAGUUCACUGUACAGUUGUUUUAAAGCCUGGGGUUGAUUUCUAUAUUCUAAUAAUUUCAUGCAUGAAUUGCUUAGCUUUGUUUUUAUGCAGCUAUCCCAUUUGGCAUUUAAAGUACUGUAAUUAUGGAUUAUUGUCUAUUUUCUUUCAAAAUGUAUUGCAGAGUUUGAGGGAAUGCCUUGUUGUGUCCUAAUACUUACUACUUCACAUUUUUUAAUGAAUAUAAAACUACUAUCUAGCUAUCACUUUGCCAUAUCUAUGGUAAAUUAAAAGAGCUGAGAGGCAAAGCUAUAGAGCAGCUUGUGUGGGCUUGACAUCCCCAAAUAUUUACAGUCAUUGUGUCUCUGUAUGUAGCCAUUGUUAACAUUCAUUCUAUUGGGGCAUAUUCCUGCUCAUAAAAUCUGUGUAACUCUGAGGGCUGAGCACAAGUUUUCUGUCUGUCUAUAUAUGCUUGUAAUGCAUCUUUCAUUGAUUGUAAUUUAUAAGCAUUUAUAUAUCUAAUACAGUUUCUGUUACUCUGUGUGUGUGUGUUUGUUUACAAUAAAGAAACCUAUUGUA